AGUCAGAAGUCAAUCCCUUUCCAUAGGCUGCCGCCGCCGCCGCCGCUGCUCUCCUUGACUGCGCCUUUUGCUCGCCAGCCGCCAGGCCUCGCUCUCUCUCGCGGAGCUCCCCUCUGGAAGACGAUCCGGCAGCCCGUGGGGGGGCCUCUCGGGGUGGCCACUUUCUCGGAGGCCGCCUGCGACUUAACUGGCUUUUAGGAACAGGAUUCCCGAUCCCCGCACGCUCCCCCCCUCCCUCCCCUUCUUCCCAGGCUUCCUGUUGGGGCUACGUAAUCCCGCCACCCGCAGCAAAGCCGAGGCCCGGCCCGCCUGGCAUUUGCGUUGCUGUUAUGGACAAGCACGGCGGGAGGAUAAAGGAGAAGCGGCGUUGUAAGAACUUGCCUGCAUCAAAGACAAAGACCGCUUGAAGUGACCUGCUCUCCGUAGCGAAUUGCAGAAGAAUGUGGAUUAACCAAAUUCCUUGCUACCUACUGAUGGUAGCACAUUUGUUUAUUCUGAACCGGUUUGUCUACAGCCAAGAAAAAGGUUCUUCAUAUUCGGCUCAGAACUUGACAUGUAUAACGCACAAUCUUGAUAAUGUUGUCUGCACUUGGACUACGGAUACUGGAGACGAUUCAAAACUUACGUAUGAAUUCUGUUACAACGCCAGUUCUGCCAAACAAUGUUCAUUAACCAAAGAAAAAAAGGGAACAUUUCAAUUGAUUGUCUUUGACCUUAUGCAUAUUGAGAUCACCACCUUCAAUUCAGCUGAGGAAGGGAAAAAUCCUCUAGCUAAAAACAAAUUUGUGCUUCCUGAAAAAGACAUUUUAUUUGUUCCUCAGAUGCCUCAAAUUCAUGGAGUGGCUAGAGAUUAUAUAGCUGACACAGCAAUUCUGGAAUGGUAUGAUGGCGGAUCAGUUUUUCAAUACCAAAUUGAUUCUAGUUGGCAAAUUCAGAUUCUGCGUAAAGAUCCAAUGGAGGAAGUAGCACUAGAGACCUAUAACACAUCAGUUGGCAACAAAGACACUCUCCGUCGCUGGGAAUGGACAUCAGAUCUGCCUUUUAAUUGCACCAUUCACUACUUUAGGAUUCGCUGUUUUCUUAAUGAGAAAACUUUUGCUGGAAGGAAGAUGUGGAGUGAAUGGAGUCCACUUGUAAACGUUACGGGAAGUCCCCCAAACAAAAUCCCAAAAAUGUACCCUAUAGAUAAAGUAGUGGCGGUCGGUUCCAACGUGACUUUCUGCUGCGUAUAUCAAGAUGGAUACACUUUACUCGAAAUUAAUUAUGCUUCGUGCACAACUCUGAAGUGUGAGGUUGCCCCACUCACCAACUGGAGCAUGACAAUCUCUGUGCAAAAUGUUAUUUCUGACAACAGUUCUAAUGUUAAUGGCUGGUGUCAAGUACAAAAUAAAGAUACAAAGAAAAAGUCUUUCACUGGAACGGUUUUAUUUGUGGGAUAUCCUCCGGGUGUCCCCCAAAAUUUAACUUGUGAAACACAGAAUUUUAAGGAAAUAGGAUGCCACUGGCAGGAGAAAAGGCCCACCUUAUUCUGUGGCCCAAGAAGAACCUAUUAUGCCUUAUUUGAAGGAAACUCUGGGAAAAAUAUGUCAUGUGCAUUUGAUAGGCUACAUUGUAAACAUUAUCGCUGUAAUUUUACACUCCUGAAGGACCAAACAGAAUACAACUUCACACUACAUGCUUCCAGUCAUCUUGGCCAAGCAGAAGCUUCCCUCUUAAUUGAUAUUAGGCAUAGAGUUUACCCACAUAAACCAACAGACUUAAAAGUGAGCAGUGUAACUUCGGACAGUUUCAGACUGUCAUUUUCUUUGCCUGGCAAUUUCAAAGAAACCAAACUGCAAUGUCAGGUUCAAAUGUCCAAUGGCGCUUCCAAAGAAGAAAGGAUUGUGCUGCUAGAUAAUUCAGAAAAUUCACAUUACAUCAUCUUAGUGGACAAAUUGCAUCCAUUCACAAAAUAUGAUUUCCAAGUUCGCUGUGCUACUCCAAAGCCUUUCUUUUGGAAAUGGAGUGAGUGGAGCACGAAAAAAACCUCUACAACUCAGCAAGCCCAACCAGCAAGAGAGCUUGAUAUCUGGAGAGAAAAAGAUGCUAAUGAAGAUACAGUUACCCUAUUUUGGAAGCCACUCCCUCUUUUUGAAAGCAAUGGAUUGAUAGAGACUUAUGAGGUCUAUUGGACCCUUCCGGAUAAAUCCACAAAGAAUGAAUCCGUUCCUGCAUCCCACAACUCCACCAAAAUAAACAUUGGGAAGAAUGAUUGCAUAUUUACAGUGAAGGCAAAGAAUAAGGCGGGAGUUUCUCCUCCUUCUUCAAUCAAUAGUGCUGAGCUUCCAGCGGGUGACAUUUCCAUAGAAAAGGGAAUCGGAAAAGACAAUAGUAUUUCUCUUGCUUGGCACCCUGACUCCAAUGUGACUUGUGGCUACGUAGUGAGGUGGUGUUAUGGUCCUGAGCCGUGUACAGAUGUUAACUGGGAAAAGUUUUCUUCAAGUGUGACAAAUGCUGAUAUCAAGUCAGAUGUCUUCCAGCCUGGAGUGCGAUAUACAUUUUCUGUCUUUGGCUGCAAAGAAAAUGGAUAUCAGAUACUGGGAUAUAUCAAGGGCUACAUACAAGAAUUGAGUCCCAAAACGGCACCCGAUUUCAGUGUGCAACAUACCACCUCUGAUUCCAUCGUAAUAAAAUGGAAGAAUAUAUCUGUGGAAGACAGCCGAGGCUUUUUACAAGGUUAUUUGCUUAAAUGUGCCAAAGGAGAGAAAGAUGGCCCAAUGCCAAAAUAUUUUAAACCAGAAAUCAACGUCACUGAUCUAAACCAAGAUGUGUUGACAGUAUCAGGCCUUCAAGGAAAAACCAGUUACCACUUGACUUUUGAAGCCUAUACAGCUGCAGGAUCUGGACCUGUUAGUACCUUGAAUGUGGUUACAAAGGAAAAUUCUUUGGGAUUGAUCAUUGCCAUAAUUAUCCCGGUGUCUGUGGUUCUUGUGUUGGCAGUUGUAACUGGAAUCCUUUGCUACCGGAAGAGGGAAUGGAUUAAAGAAGUCUUCUAUCCCGACAUUCCAAACCCAGAACACUCCAAAGCUUUGGAUUUCCCAAGGGAUUCAGAGGGGAACCCGAAUUCUAAAACCUUGGAGAUGAACCCAUGUACUCCCAACAACAUCGAAGUAGUUGAAACCCAGUCCCAGGGUCUGAAGAUUGAAGACACGGCCAUUACAUCAUCUGUUGAGGAAGACCCUCCUGAAGAUGGCUUGGAGUCUGAAUCGGGGAGCCACAUUGUGGUUUCCUAUUGUCCACCAAUCAUUGAAGAAGUCAUAUCUAAUCCACCAGAGGAUGAAUCUGCUGUGUCUUCCCAGGUUGUUUAUAUUGAUGUCCAGUCAAUGUAUUCAGCUCCCGUUAAACCAAAUGAAGAAUUAGAAGCUGACUGUGUGGUUUCAGCAGGUUAUAAACCGCAAAUGCAACUCGCAGUUAAUAGUUUCAGACAGUUGGAGGAAACAUCAGCGACAGAAGAGGACUCAGACAAGGGUGCAGGCUAUAGGCCACAAGCGAAUGCACCCUCCUGGAAUACGGGCGGUCCAGAUUCUCCAGACUCCACAGAUAAUGUCUCGUUUGGGAGCCCUUGUUCAAUUAAUUCUCGGCAGUUUUUGAUUCCUCCGAAAGAUGAGGACGAUGAGUCUCCCAAAGCUAUUAACUCAGGAUGGUCUUUUGCUAACUUAUUUCACACCAAAUCAAAUGAGUAAGACAUGGUGGCCCUGGAAAUAGCUGUUUGCUUGGAACUGGUUGUUAACAGUUUUGGAAGUGCUGUCUCAGCGCGUUGAUUAUUUCGGUUAAGUUGAAAGUUACAGUGGACAUUUUAUAACUGGUAGAGAUGCUAAUUCACAGCAUUUCAGGGAAGGUAGUUUUAAACCAAAGAGCAGCAACUAGUCUGCAACUACCUUUCAACAGUCUUCCUUUUCACCCGCCUUCCCCAAUGCUGUCAGUCGGAUUCAAUGUUCCUUAUCUGUGACUAUAUUUAUGAUGUUCUAUUUGGAGUAUGCCAGAGGAAACAUAAGCAAAUAGAAGCAAAAUUUAUAUCUGCAGGUAUCAAUAUGUCUAUUAAACUCAAAGGGAUACAUAUAUGCAGGUGUGUUCAGGAUUGGGACCUUGUUGUCUAAUCAAGAAUAUGUUUAAAUUUUAAGAAAGUAUAUUUAGGGCAGCCUUUGAUGAUGAUGAUGAUGAUGAUAAAACACUACAAUAGUGCUGCUGAUGGUUUUAUGGCAUUAGAUUUCCAGCUGCUUUGGAGAACCGUUGUUUAAGGCAGUUUCUUCCCUUUUAAUUCCAGUAGAGCCAAUUUAGAUUGCUUGCCAAUCGAAGCUUGCAGUGUUAUGUUUAUGAGCCUGCUGUAUGCAUGUAUAUACAAUAAUUUUGACUCAGGAUACCACACAAGUGUAACACUGAUUUUAAACCUUAGCCAGGUAUAGAUAAAUGUUGGACUUCUAGCAUAUUUUUUUAAUAAACUUUAUUUUUCCAUA